CGUUCCUCCAAUGAGAGUCGGGGAUGUUGUGAAGCCAAUUUUUGCACCUUCUCAGUUUGUUAAGAGCGUGAGGACGGCCUGAAGCCUGAGCUAAAGGGCAUCUGUGAUGGAGGCGCGAAAAAAUGAAAAGAAUGACGCCAGAGGUAAGGGAGGAAACAAAGGCUCACAGGGUGACAGACCAGAAAUCAUCUCUCAAGUAGAAAGGAUACCGAAUGUCAGUGCCCUGCCCAAAGCAGUGAAGAGGAGAGUGUACGCUCUGAAGAGACUGCAGGUCCAGAGCGCUCAUAUAGAGGCCAAGUUCUAUGAGGAAGUCCAUGAGUUGGAGAGAAAGUAUGCUGGUCUCUACCAGCCCAUCUUUAACAAGAGACGGGCAGUGGUGUCUGGAGCAGUGGAGCCAACAGAUGAUGAAUGCGAGUGGCAGAGUGAAGGAGAGGAGGAAGAGCUGUCUGAGGAUAUGAAGAAGGCUGCUCUGGAAGAGAAGAAAGAAGAUUCAGCCACUGCUGAGGACCCUAAAGGCAUCCCAGAGUUCUGGCUGACUAUCUUCAAACAUGUGGACAUGCUGGGGGAAAUGUUACAGGAGCAUGACGAGCCCAUCCUGAAACACUUGCAGGACAUCACAGUGAAAUUCUCUGCGCCAGGAGAGCCAAUGAGCUUCACUUUGGAGUUCCAUUUCGAGCCCAACAGCUACUUCAGCAAUACCAUCCUCACUAAAACGUACAAGAUGAAAUCGGAGCCAGAUUCAGCAGACCCUUUCUCAUUUGAGGGGCCAGAGAUAGUGGACUGUGAGGGCUGCAAGAUAGACUGGCAGAAAGGCAAGGACGUAACUGUGAAAACUAUUAAGAAAAAGCAGAAGCACAAAGGUAGAGGAACAGUGAGGACCAUCACCAAGGAAGUGGCACAGGAUUCCUUCUUUAAUUUUUUUAACCCUGUCAAAGCGUCUCCAGAUGGAAUGGAUGAGGACCUGGACUUCACUCUUGCCACAGACUUUGAGAUAGGUCAUUUUUUCAGAGAGCGUAUCAUCCCCAGAGCUGUGCUGUAUUUCACAGGAGAGGCUUUGGAAGAUGAUGAAAGUUUUGAAGAGGAGGAUGUUGAAGAAGGCGAUGAGGAGGACCUUGAUGAGGAGGGUGAAGAGGAAGAUGAAGGCGAUAUUGACCCCACAAAACAGCCUCAGCCAGCGGAGUGUAAUCAGCAGUAAGAAGAGGGAGAGCCCUGGAGUGAUCUCGUCCCCUGCUGGACCUGCCAUAUACUCUCCAAACAAUGCAAUAGAAAUCCAAACACCAUGUAGGAAAUGCAUGAUCAUUUAUGUUUACGUCUCACAGGGGUUACCUCCGUAUUCAAAAUAGAGCAUUCAAAAAAAAAAACGUGACUACAUAUAACAGUUCUGCACUUCACCCUUUUUGAUCUAAGGCCUCUUUUGUAAGCUCUUAUGUAUUUGAUUGGAAGUUUUGCGCAAAGCGGUUAUAAUUAUUUGUGCGUGUGUGUGGGUUUUUGUUUGUUUUUUUUUCUUCCCCCUAGUAUAUUUCUUUUCUCAGUUCCUUGUCACUGUUCCAUGGUUGGUGACAUUGCAGAAUCCUGAAUAAUACCCCUGACUGUUUUCACACUGUAGGUCACUUGGGGUUUUUGUUUGUUUUUUUGUUUGUCCUUUCUUUACACACCAAUACAAUAGUUACUGUCAAGCAUGAAACUGCUGUUAGGUAACUUGAAACCGUUCUCUCUGUUACAGCACAGUUAAUUCAGUAUUAAUUUUAUUAAUCUCCAUGUCUAGACUCAUGUAGCUGGAUGAAAUGUAACUGAAAGCAGCUAGGAUUUGCCUUCAUGGCUGGGAUCAAUGUCAACAGAGCAAUCUCCUGCAUUGGAGCUGCAUUAAUACCUGAGGGUACUAAUAAUCAGUUUUUAAAUCCUUCUUAACACUGAUUUCUGUUGAUCUUAGUCCUGCUAACUAGAACAAGUGUCACUCGUGCGCCGACUCUUCUACCAUUAGUCUGAUUUUUUCAGUGUAUGUGGCCAAUGGUUUUUUUUUUUGUUUGUUUGUUUUUUCUCCUUAAUAAUUUCUGAUUUAGCACUGUUUAUUCUUUUAUAUUUGCUUUAAACAUAAGACUAAAGGUUGCCAAUGCAUAGUAUUUGCUACUCAGAGUGAUGGGAUUUGUAACAUUUUCUUAAUUUUGUUUGAUCAGGAUCUUGGGUGAAAAGGAGCAGGUGUAUGUUAGCCUCAUGGCUUUCUUUUGCACAUCGUACCAUGUUAGACCUCACAAAAAAAAAGUUGAGGAAAAUACAAAGUGCUGAUCACUCGUGUUGGGUAAGACCGGUGUUAAACAAGAAGCACUUUGUUCUGGAUUUUCAACCAGGUUUUCUUUUGUUCUGUGAUCAUAACAUUCAUGCAUAGAAUCCUUUUUUUUUUUUUAAGUAGCUCUUGCUUGAGAAAGGGCUACUUAACUGUAUGCUAGCAAUGGCCUUAUUGGGAUUGUCUUGGGUUUUAAUGCAAUAUUGUUUUCGAUUUGUAUAAAAUAGUCAAGAGUAUUCUAUUAAACAUUGUGUAAUGUCAUACUAGCA